ACUUUAAUAGAAAAAAGCCUCAAUCAGAAAAUGACCCCUAAAUAUGAUGGACUUUACCAAGUUAUACAACAAAGGCAAGGAGGUUCCUAUUUUUUAGCUGAACUAGAUGGGACCUCUCGUAAGCAGGCUAUUGCAGCUUUUCAUAUAGUUCCUUACAUUUUUAAGAGUAAUGUGCAGCUGAAGAAAUUGGAAUUAUAA